UCGCGCACACCUCGCCCUUCCCACCUCCAGACCCAUCAACCCUCCACGAUGCCCCCCACAAUACAAACACAAUGUCCAGCGCAGUCUACCGCAGCAGUCCACCGCUUUCCGUGCCCCCGACGCAAAACACAGCUCUCGUGCUAGAGUUCAACUGCCUCUACACCCACGACAUCCGGCGCAAGCAGAAGCGGUGGCAAGAUGGCUUCCUGCGCUUCCACACCUUCAACAAGCGGGUGAUGGUUUACGACGUUCCUCGUAACUUUAUUGGAGACACGCAUUGGCGCGAGGACACCGUGUUGCAGGAUGGGGAUGAAGUAAUGUUGGAAAGUGAAGGAGUUGCCGUGCAAGUCGGGGAGGAAAUUGGGAAGACGGAGACGGAUUUGACGGAGUUGAGACGGAGUAGUAAGAAGGCUCCCAAUGAAGGCACUUCGUCGUCGCCGGUUCGAGGUGCACAAGUGCCUCCUUUACAGCUCUUGAGUCGCAGUGGCCCGAUGAAUGCGCCUCAGUCGAAACACCGAUCUCUCCACAGCCUACUCAGCACUCCUCAACGAUUGAUUGGGAAAGCCAUCCUACCCACCGAAUCGCCUUUCGACAAGCGACACAGCAAUUCGGAGAACCAUGAAUGGGAGUCCGGCCAGCCUCCUAAGAAACGGCGCAUCACCGACCCUCCUUCCAGCAAUGGGUGGAAGUCGGCAACGAACAAGCCUUUCGUCUCAGCUUCGGCCAUGAACCCUCCCACUCGAGAUACCAGCACACCCAUGCAUGCCAGGAAGAAGCAACUCGCCAGCACAGAACCAUUCCAUAUCUCUAUGGAUCCCAAAGAGCAACCCCACCACCCCUCCACCUCCCACUCAGCCCUUCCAAUACCAUCAAGCUCCCCAGCCUCCCAACGCCAAAAGACACCAGACCCUCCUCACAAACAACAACACACCACAACCCAACACGAUACACCCGCUCCCCACAAGCCACACGCGAACCCCUCCACAAAUCAAAACGAGCGCCACUCAAUUCCACCAAAAGCAAAGCCAACCACCCAACCAACACCACCCAACAAUUCUAGAGCAGCAACAGCAACAGCAGCAGCAACAACAACAGCAGCGACAGCAGCCUCCAGUCCAGAAGGCACAACCCUCCGCAUGAUCGCCAGCGCGCCAAAGCGAAAGACGUUGGUAUUUCAGCAGCAGCAACAGCAUACUGGAAAACGAAAAGCACCAUCACCCGCUGCGAGGAAUUCUUUGGGCUGAGAUGACUUACGGUAGCCACAUGAUAUAGAUGAUGCCAAAGAUUGAAUGAGAUUGAUUUUGAGAUUGAUU